UUUCUGUCCAAGUUGUCAAAUCCGAUUCUGCUUAUUGGUUAAUUGAUUGAAUUGAUGCAAGCGUUUGGUUGACUAUAACUGUUUGAUUAAUUUUGGGUGUAACCGAAACGCCAACAUGUUUGAUUCCCUCAGGAAGUUCAUUGCCUACUGGUAUUUCAGAUACACCCUAGUCACUGAACUUUACAUGGUCGAAAAGUGGGAAGAAUCAAUGAUAUAUGUUGUAGCCUUUGCCGUAUUCUCACUGCUCACAUUAUUCAACAGCCGCAUUGUUCUGGGAUAUGUAUCAUCAUACACAAACCCUGAUAACACGAUAUUGAUGUCAAACGAAUACAAUACAUAGUCCCAUUAUAUUGGAUGAAGGAAAAUUUAGAAUUUUGCUAUCAAUAAAUUAUAUAGUAAAUGAUUGACUUUUAGAGUUGUACAGUAUUCUUAUGCACAUUAUUUAAAUAUGUAUUGCAAUUUAAUAAACACUUUACAAAUGUAA